ACUCUUUUUUCUUGUUAUGGAUCUCUACUGCCAACUCCUCCCUGAUGCAACAUGCAGCAUAUGCCCAUAUGUCUAGGAGAAGAAAUAUUCCUGCUUCCAUUUACUUGCCACUUGGCAAACCCAGAUGCAGGAAACUGUAUGUGGGAUUAACUCUCAACAUGCUUAAGGCUUUUGCGGAUUCCUAUGCCUGUCCAUGCUGCAGCAUGAUUUGACGGGUUCAACAAAUGCGAGAAAUGGGUACGGAGUGAUAUCGUGGACUUAAAAGAAUCCAAAACAACUUCCUGGUUGCGUAGGUUCAUAGGUCGUGCAAAGAAGCCAGCAAUGACAUGGCCUUUUCCUUUUGCUGAGGGAAGGUUGUUUAUCUUAACAUUACGAGCUGGUGUUGAAGGAUACCACAUUAAUGUUGGAGGCCGACAUGUUACAUCAUUCCCGUACCGACCGGGAUUCACUCUUGAAGAUGCAACAGGUCUAGCCAUCAAGGGAGAUGUGGAGGUACAUUCAGUAUAUGCCACUUCCCUACCCAAAUCUCAUCCAAGUUUUUCACUUCAACGAGUCUUGGAAAUGUCAGAUAAGUGGAAAUCUCCUCCUCUACCAGAGGAACCCAUUCAACUUUUCAUUGGCAUUUUGUCUGCAACUAAUCAUUUUGCUGAGCGCAUGGCUGUUCGUAAGACCUGGAUGCAAUCUUCUAACAUCAAGUCAUCAAAUGUAGUAGCUCGUUUCUUUGUCGCGUUGAAUGCAAGGAAGGAGGUCAAUUCAGUUCUAAAGAAGGAAGCAGAGUAUUUUGGAGAUAUUGUGAUCUUGCCAUUUAUGGAUCGCUAUGAGCUAGUUGUUCUUAAGACAAUGGCCAUUUGCGAAUAUGGGGUUCAAAAUCUGACUGCUGCAUACAUAAUGAAAUGUGACGACGAUACAUUUAUUAGGGUGGAUGCCGUGUUGAAGGAGAUUAGGGGUGUUUCUCAGAAGAAAUCUCUUUACAUGGGUAACCUUAACCUCCUGCAUCGGCCUCUAAGAAGUGGAAAAUGGGCAGUAACAUAUGAGGAGUGGCCAGAAGAUAUAUAUCCACCAUAUGCCAAUGGACCUGGGUACAUAAUUUCAAGUGACAUUGCAAAGUUCAUAGUAUUUCAUCAUGCGAAUCAAAGCCUAAGGCUGUUCAAGAUGGAGGAUGUGAGUAUGGGCAUGUGGGUCGAGCAGUUUAACACCACUACGGCAGUCCAAUAUUCUCACAAUUGGAAAUUUUGUCAGUACGGCUGCAUGGAGAACUAUUACACUGCUCACUAUCAAUCCCCAAGACAAAUGAUUUGCUUGUGGGAUAAAUUGGCUAGAGGCCGAGCCAAUUGCUGCAAUUUCAGAUGACAGAGCAUGAUAGUCUUUUCCCACUGAUCCGUGUCUCACCUUGGAGGAUUUUGGAUAUCAGGUGUCCCUGUUUCUGAUGUGUUGGGCAGUUUCUAUGCCCUCUAUGGCUUGAAAGUAUUACGAGAAGCAUAUAUCAUCAGGUCGCUGCAAUCGGGUGCUCUGUACGAGUAAAAUGUAUAUGUCUCUUAGCUUCAAUUAAUUUUUCUGUAUUCCUCAUCAAGUUGUUACAUAGCAAGAGCUUCAGUGAUCCGGAAUGAAGAUCAUUCGGCAUAUGUCCUUUGUUGUGUGUCUGCUGCUGGCAAGGGUAAGACAUGGGGCAGCAAUGAAGGACGGGAUUGUAAACUUGAUAGACUAGGUAGCUGCGGGCAUUACUAAAUUAAUUGAUUGAUGGUUAUGUUUCUAAACUUUAUGUUUUGAGAGAAGGUUUAUUUCCGGAAGUUCUACUUAUGUAGACAUCAAUUAAGGGAAGCCAGAGGAUUGCAAAUAUAUGCUAAAAUUUAGAAUGUAUGAUUUGGAAGGUCAUA